AUGGCAGCGACUGCAUCGACAUCCACAGCACCAGAGCCCAAGCUACGAUCAAAUGUAUCGGGGCGACCAUGGAAACAGCUCAAGACAGCCACCAAUCGGUCGCAACGCAAGCCCGCCCAUGCAGCCACCGUGUCUGCCUUACCGGACAGUCUCGCUGUAGAUGGUGACAGUGCAGUGCAAGGGAAGCCGAAGAAGCAGUCUGCUGCUUGGCAGGCCAGGAUGGCAGAUAAGACGAAGCGUGAUGCGAUCAGGAAGAUAGAACAGGAGCUCAAGGACGACAAGCAAGCUGAUAUCGACAGACGAAAGGCCAUCAAUACUGAGCGCAAAAAGAUCCUAGAAGACAAGCGGCGGAUAGCCGAAGCUGCCCAAAAGAUGAGCGCCAAGAGAUUGCAACGCUUCAAGAAGAAGCUCGGCAGGACCAAAAAAGUCAAUGCCUGAGCGAAACG